AUGGAUAUUGGUAUAAUUCUCGUUGAUUAUUCGACUCCCAUAACUCCAGGAUUUGGUGGAUAUCUUGGAGGAGAUUCUUCUCUUAAACGUAGUCGUGGCACUGGUUUUCAAGUAUCUUCAGAUGUCGGAAAUGCAACUAUGACAUCAAGUAAAGCUGAAUUUAACAAUGAGAUCAAUAAGACGAACAAUAAUGAAUUCUAUUAUUGUGAUACAAAGGAAUUUUCAACUACUCAAUGUGAAUCUCAAUUUAUGGGGCUGCCAAAUCAAGCUGGCAAGAAGUGGUGUAUAUGGAUAUCAAAUCCAUUUAAUAAUAGUCAAAAAGCUUAUGUAUCAUUCAGUCCUGAUGAAGUUUCAACAAAUGCAACUAACAUUGAUAUGAGCAUAA